AAACACACUCAUCAUUUGACUGUUAAUUUGCUGUCUGGCUUAUAAUGUUUUGGCAUGUAUUUUUCAAGCCACGGUACAGCGAUGUCUACUUUCUGAUUGUUUCUUUAUGAUGUUCAGGUUACAGAGAAGGGUGUUAUACUUUCUUUGUGGAUAAAGAACUUUAAAGAUGGACUUUAUUGUGAAACAGGAGCCUUUUGAGGAAAGUCUGUCUCCUCCAGAGUGUAAGAGACCUCGCAAUAACUGCAUGGACGUUGAGGUGCCAAGUGACGACCGUUUUCUGUAUUGCGAGGACUGCAACAAGGAGUAUGAAGGGGACUGUUCAGUACACGGACCUCUUCUCAUGGUGGCAGACACACAGGAAACACCAGGAAGCUCAGACAGAGCGUGGAAAACGAUGCCUGUUGGUCUGGAGAUUGAGGAAUCUGGGAUCCCAGGAGCUGGUCUUGGAGUUUGGGCGUCUCAGGACUUUGUUCCACGCACCUGCUUUGGGCCGUACGAGGGAGACUCCAUCCAAGAUGAGAACACUGCUCAUGGAUCAGGAUACAGUUGGCAAAUCCACACAGAUGAACAACCUUCCCACUUUGUAGAUGGCCAACACUGCAACACAGCCAACUGGAUGAGAUAUGUCAACUGUGCUCGAACAGAGGAAGAACAGAAUCUGACAGCAUUUCAAUACAAUGGUCAUAUCUACUACAGAGCAUACAAGAAGAUUGGUGUUGGUUGCGAGCUGCUUGUCUGGUAUGGACACAAGUAUGCAAGGAACCUUGGUAUCGAGAGACAACUUACACUCCAAGAGGGGCACACUGAAGAUAUGUACCCAUGUGACAGCUGUGAUCUUGGGUUCUCAUCUGUGGUGUUCUUGUGGAAACAUCUGAAGAAGAUGCAUGGAGGAAAACUGACUUCUCAGUUGAGGUUCAUAGUGAACACUCAGGGCAUAAAUAUUUGUGACUUAAAUGGGGAGAUAGCUAGCCAGAAGCAGAAGAGUGACACUAAGGGCGUUAACUUCAGUGGGGAGAUGGCGACCCAGAAGAGUGACACUAAGGGCGUAAACUUCAGUGGGGAGAUGGCGACCCAGAAGAGUGACACUAAGGGCGUAAACUUCAGUGGGGAGAUGGCGACCCAGAAGAGUGACACUAAGGGCGUAAACUUCAGUGGGGAGAUGGCGACCCAGAAGAGUGACACUAAGGGCGUUAACUUCAGUAGGGAGACAGAGGGCCAGAAGAGUGACAUUAAGGGCGUUAACAUCAGUGAUAUCGGUGGGGAGAUAGAGGACCCAGAAGAGGACAGCAACAAUGUCCUCAAUGAGGACGGAAACACUGGAGGUGACGGAGCAGAAACAGCUAAUCCCCAGAGACACAAACAGCAUCAGAGUGGGCCACUCCUUGAGUGUGGUGAGUGUGGGGAGGGAUUCAAUGCACCUAGUAAACUGCAGACACACAUGACAUGCCACACAGAAAUCCAGCCUUUUCCAUGUAAGGAGUGUGGGAUAACAUUUACUCAACUUGAACACCUAAAGACACAUAUGAGGCGUCACAUUGGAGUGAGACCUUAUUUGUGCAGGGAGUGCAAGAAAACAUUUAAACGGUUAGGAACCCUGAAGACACAUAUGAGGCUGCACAGUGGAGAAAGACCUUAUUCAUGUACAGAGUGUGAGAAAACAUUUACCGAAGUUGGACACCUGAAGACACACAUGAGGUGUCACAGUGGAGAAAGACCUUAUUCGUGCAGUGAGUGUGAGAAAACAUUUACACAAUUAGGAACCCUGAAGACACAUAUGAGACAUCACAGUGGAGAAAGACCUUAUUCAUGUACAGAGUGUGGGAAAGCAUAUACACAAUUAGGACACCUGCAGAAACACAUGAGACUUCACAGUGGAGUCAAGCCUAUUCCAUGUAAGGAGUGUAGGAAAACAUUUACAAGCUCACAUGACCUAGAAAGACACAUGAGACUACAUGGGGCAAAACCUUUUGAGUGCACUGAGUGUGGGAAAACAUUUGUACAAGCAGCUUAUUUGCAGAAACACAUGAAGUAUCACAAUGGUGUACGCCCACACAAGUGUAGUGAGUGUGGGAAAGCCUUUGUUCUAGCAUCUGAACUUAAGAUGCACAUGAGGUACCACAAUGGAGUCCGUCCGUAUCAGUGUGGUGAGUGUGGGAAGGCAUUUGCACAAUCAGGUGCCCUUAGUAUACACAUGAGGAGCCACGCUGGUAUCAAGCCUUAUAAAUGUAGCGAGUGUGGAAUGGCAUUUGUUGCAUCAGGUAGCUUGCAGCAUCACAUGAUGGGUCACACAGGGGUCCGACCAUUUCAGUGUGGUGAGUGUGGGAAGAUGUUUGCAAAAUCCGGAAACCUGCAGUCACACAUGAGGAGCCACAGUGAUGUCAAGGCUUAUGAGUGUGGUGAGUGUGGCAAGGCAUUUGUACGAUCAACUGGUUUGCAGAAACACAUGAAGUGUCACAUGGACGUCAAGUCAUAUAAAUGUGAUGAGUGUGGGGAAGAAUUUACAGAGUCAGGUUACCUGAAGCAACAUACAAAGUGUCACAUGGAAGUCAGGCCUUAUAAGUGUGAUGAGUGUGGGAAAGAAUUCAUAGAGUCAGGUGACCUGAAGCGACAUACAAAGUGUCACAUGGACGUCAAGCCUUAUAAGUGUGAUGAGUGUGGGAAAGAAUUUACACGAUCUUAUAGCCUCAAGAUGCACAUGAGAUGUCACAGUGGCAUUGAAUGUUAUCAAUGUAGUGAGUGUAGGAGAUCUUUUACUGAGUCAGGUGACCUGAAGCAACAUAUGAGAUGUCACAGUUGUGACAAGCCUUACAAGUGUUUAGAGUGUGGGAAGGCAUUUACACAAUCAGGCAACCUCAAGACGCACAUAAGAUGUCACAGUGGCAUCAAGCCAUACCAAUGUAGUGAGUGUGGGAAAGAAUUUACACAGUCAAGUAACCUCAAGACGCACAUGAGAUGUCACAGUGGUGUCAAGCCUUAUCAAUGUAGUGAGUGUAGGAGAUCUUUUACUGAGUCAGGUGAUCUGAAGCAACAUAUGAGGUGUCACAGUGGUGUCAAGCCUUAUGAGUGUGAUGUGUGUGGGAAGGCAUUUACGCAAUCAGGCAACCUCAAGGCGCACAUGAGAUGUCACAGUGGUGUCAAACCAUAUCAAUGUAGUGAGUGUGGGAAAGAAUUUACACAAUCAAGUAACCUCAAGACACACUUGAGGUGUCACAGUCGCAUUAAACUUGAUGAAAAUAGUGAGUCUGAGAAGGAAUUUACACAAUCGGGUAACAUUCAGAGACCUAGGACUGUUGACAGUGAGGCCAAAUCAUACAAGUGUAGUGACGUUUACACAGCCAUCUAACCUUCAGACACAGGUGUCAAGCCUCCAGAGUGUAGUCAGUGUGGGAAAACAUUUACAGAGCCAUCUAACCUUCAGACACAGGUGUCCAGCCUUAGGAGUGUAGUCAGUGUGGGAAAACAUUUGCAGAGCCAUCUAACCGUCAGACACAGGUGUCCAGCCUUAGGAGUGUAGUCAGUGUGGGAAAACAUUUGCAGAGCCAUCUAACCGUCAGACACAGGUGUCCAGCCUUAGGAGUGUAGUCAGUGUGGGAAAACAUUUACAGAGCCAUCUAACCUUCAGACACAGGUGUCCAGCCUUAGGAGUGUAGUCAGUGUGGGAAAACAUUUGCAGAGCCAUCUAACCGUCAGACACAGGUGUCCAGCCUUAGGAGUGUAGUCAGUGUGGGAAAACAUUUGCAGAGCCAUCUAACCGUCAGACACAGGUGUCCAGCCUUAGGAGUGUAGUCAGUGUGGGAAAACAUUUGCAGAGCCAUCUAACCGUCAGACACAGGUGUCCAGCCUUAGGAGUGUAGUCAGUGUGGGAAAACAUUUGCAGAGCCAUCUAACCGUCAGACACAGGUGUCCAGCCUUAGGAGUGUAGUCAGUGUGGGAAA